AUGUGUUCAGCAAAGAAAACUGAGGUGAUCUCAACCCAACUCAAAUCUUCCCAUUUUCUUGUAAAAAAUGUCUUUUUUUGUUUCUUCAAUUACUUACUAAUAGUGCUCAUAUCCUUAAGCCUAAUUCAAGCUAGAGAAAACAGGUUCUUUAGCAAGUUCACACAUUUUAGCACAACAACAAAAAAUGUUGUUCAAGGAACUUCAUUUUCACCAAUUGAACCACCUGCUCCGUCCCCAGCCGAUGCGCCUGCCACCGUAGAAGCAUCGGCCCCAGCACCCGCACCCGCCACGGCCUCCACGACCGCGGAUGACGGAGUUUUCGAGGAAGAAUUUGAAGGUCGAAAUAAUGAGAAUAAAGAGUAUCAAAGCAGCAACUACAAUGGUUACAAAUUUUCUACUCAAAGUGAAAGUCAUGAGACAGCUAAUUAUAAUCAGAGAAAUUAUAAUGACAACAAUCGUAAUUACUACACUGCGAAUUACGAUAACAAUAAUGGUUACGAGGCGAAUCAACGAUACGGAAUGAGCGAUACGAGAUUUGUGGAGGGUGGUAAGUACUAUUAUGAUAUGAAGAAUGAUAAUAAUUAUUAUUAUCCUGCUAAUGCUCAAGUAAGCACCCAAAAUCAAAUUAAUAAUUAUGAUAAUUCUGAGUACACUGACACAAAUGAGUUCAACACAAUGGAGGAUGAGAAUCAGGAGCUAUAUCAUGAAGCGAACCAAGAAGAAUUCCUGCCUUGAAAUAUUUAUUAAUUAUGAUAAAUUAUGUAUUAGAAAGAUUAAAGAUUAAGAAUAUAUAGAGGAGCCAUAAUUUGAUACUUUUAAGAGUAAUUAAGGCCUAUACUAAUCAAGAAAUAUUAUCUUUUUCAUGUGUGAUUAUUUUCUAGGCUUGAACUUGAAUAUAUAGAAAUGCAAAAUUGUAUUAUGUAUCUUCAAUGGAAUUGAUCCAAUGAGUUUCUCAUA